GAAGACCUUCCCAUCCCAGCACGCCACUCUGUCCGCCUUCGCUGCUGUCUACGUGUCGAUGUACUUCAACUCGGUCAUCUCGGACGCCACCAAGCUGCUGAAGCCCAUUCUGGUGUUCUCCUUCGCCAUCGCGGCGGGCGUCUGUGGCCUCACCCAGAUCACGCAGUACCGCAGCCACCCCGUGGACGUCUACGCCGGCUUCCUCAUCGGUGCUGGCAUCGCUGCCUACCUGGCCUGCCACGCUGUGGGCAACUUCCAGGCCCCGCCGGCAGAGAGACCAGCGGCCCCGGCACCUGCCAAGGAUGCGCUGCGGGCGCUGACCCAGCGGGGCCACGACUCGGUGUACCAGCAGAACAAGUCCGUGAGCACCGACGAGCUGGGUCCCCCCGGGCGGCUGGAGGGUGUGCCCCGGCCUGUGGCCCGUGACAAGACCUCACUGGGCAGCCUGAAGCGGGCCAGCGUGGACGUGGACCUGCUGGCUCCACGCAGCCCCAUGGGCAAGGAGAACAUGGUGACCUUCAGCCACACGCUGCCCCGCGUCAGCACGCCCUCGCUGGAUGACCCCGCCCGCCGCCACAUGACCAUUCACGUGCCCCUGGACGCCUCGCGAUCCAAGCAGCUCAUCAGCGAGUGGAAGCAGAAGUCGCUGGAGGGCCGCGGCCUGGGGCUGCGGGACGAGGCCAGCCCUGCGCACCUGCGGGCGCCAGCGGAGCCCAUGGCCGAGGAGGAGGAGGAGGAGGACGAGGAGGAGGAGGAGGAGGAAGAGGGGGAGGAAGGGGGUCCAGCCCCGCCUUCACUGUACCCCACAGUCCAGGCGCGGCCGGGGCUCGGGCCACGGGUCAUCCUCCCGCCGCGGGCCGGCCCGCAGCCGCUGGUGCACAUCCCCGAGGAGGGCGUCCAGGCGGCGGCAGGCCUGUCCCCCAAGAGCAGCGCGGCCGUGCGGGCCAAGUGGCUCAUGAUGGCAGAGAAGAGCGGCGCCGUGGUGGCCGCGGCCUCCACGCAGCCCCGUGUGGCCAACCCGCCACGGCUGCUGCAGGUCAUUGCCAUGUCCAAGGCCCCAGGCGGGCCGGGCCCCAAGGCGGCUGAGACGGCCUCGUCCUCCAGCGCCAGCUCCGACUCCUCCCAGUACAGGUCGCCGUCAGACCGUGACUCAGCCAGCAUCGUCACCAUCGACGCGCAUGCGCCCCACCACCCCGUGGUCCACCUGUCUGCGGGUAACGGGCCCUGGGAGUGGAAGGCGGCGGGCGGCGGGGCCAAGGGGGCCGAGGGGGAGGGCGGCUACGAGCUGGGGGACCUGGCUCACGGCUUCCGUGGGGGACCGAAGCCCCCGGGCGUAUCCCCAGGCUCUUCUGUUAGUGAUGUGGACCAGGAUGAGCCACGGUUCGGGGCCGUGGCCACCGUCAACCUGACCACAGGCGAGGGGCUGCCACCACUGGGUGUGGCCGACGGGGCCCUGGGGCCAGCCAGCCGGGAGUCGACGCUGCGGCGCAAAGCCAGCGGCCUGGUGCUGGGCGAGCGGGAGGCCGCGGAGGCGGAGGCGGAGAGCUACUACCGCAAGAUGCAGGCGGCCCGCAGGUUCAAGGACUGA